CUACGCAAAGCGCCAUCGAUUACUUUUCUCUGUGUCGACAUCUCUGAGAAUUUGAACGAAUUACGACAACAUCAAGAGAAUCACUUUGUGAACUUUAAAGCAGAACCCAGCCAAACCUUAUUUCAGGAAAUUCCAGGAGGUGAAUUCUGAGGUUAUAGAUAUUCGUGCUAAUUUGAUUUUCAUUUUAAAAUGGAUUUGUCAAAGAUGUCGAACGAAAGAAAAUUACACCUUUGCAAAUGGUAUUUCCGUGGAGGUUUCGCUCUGCUGCCGUUUCUAUGGGCGGUAAACGCUGUUUGGUUUGCUCAAGAAGCAUUCACAGUUCCACAGUACGAUGAGCAAAAACAGAUCCGAAGAUAUGUAAUAUUUUCUGGCCUGGGAGCUUUCGUAUGGUUCGCUGGUCUCCUAGCUUGGAUCAUUACUUUUCAAACGCACCGUGCCACCUGGGGUGAAUUCGGCGACAGCAUUAGUUGGAUUAUUCCUACUGGAAUUCCAUAAGAUUGAAAAUAAAUUUAGGCAAAACAAUACUGUCAUAAGCAUUUUUUUCAUGUUAAUUUUUUAUUAUAUAAAAUUCUCCAUUUGUUAAAAACGUAGGUAUUGACACGUCAGAAAUAGGUCACGAAAAAUUCAUGCAUCUCCAAGUAACAUUUGAAAGUGCUCCAUUGCUCAAUGUGUAAAACAAAGUCAUUGCCUUUUUCCAUAGAUCUGUAAUAUAAUUGUGACAAUUCACCUAUCAUCUGUAUUACUGGAACGAAGAUAAUGAAGGUUUGCAAAUUAGUUACAAAAAUUGAACAGCAUUUUAUGUGAUUAAAUCAAUUUAAACUUAUACACAUAUUUUUGUUAUCAAAGAAAUAAAAUAAAAGUGUGUCGAGGAACAGUUUGUAGGGACAUAAACAGUUUUCGUUAUUUCUUUACAAUAUAUUUUUAUAUCCAUAUAUUUUGUAUAAUGACGUUUAGGACAAAAUUUGUAAACCUGACAAAAGGCUGAUUGUAAUACAUAUGUAGUUAGCACACCUUUAAUGUUGGAUAUUUUUGUCUCUCUUGCUCAUUUCACACAUUUUGUGUGUGUAUCGCGGUAGAAAUUUAUAUCCACAGGACCUCGGAAUUCAGACAGCCCGCCGCCGUUGGUUCCAUAAAUGUAAUUCUCUAUAGACCAGCCGU